GGGUCUUCAGGGAGAGGGAGGCCGCAUUCUAGAAGCUUUCUGUUGCCACCAACACCAAGCUUCGCUUAUCUCCAUCUGACAAGAGCAUCCGAGAUGAUGGAAGUACCAUCUUGAAUUGGUCCUUCUGUUCUAGGUUUCAUUCGUUUUUCUUUUCUUACAAGAAAAUCUAAACUUAGAAUUCGGAAGUAAAACCCACAACAAUGACAUCUCCCAAAAAUAACGGCGACGACGACGACUAUGAUGAGAUCCCUCUUCAACACCAGCGCCCAUUUGGAGCUGGACUGCAUAGAAAACCGAUAGCGUUUGUGUCGGCGUCGGGCGGAGGAAAACUCAGAUCAGUCGAUGAUACCGCAGCAGGCAAACCGCAACAGAACGUGGCCGAUGUCUAUCUCAGCAUGGUCCUCUCCGAGGAUGUCACCCGGCCCAAGUCAGCACCGCCUACAAGCAGUAGCGUCUCAGAAGGCGAAUCAUUACAGGACGGAACAUGCACCGUCUGCAAGCUACCGCUCAAGACCGACAGGGGCACCCACGCGCAGUCCUUCGCACACCAGGUCUGCCUCCCACACUCACAACCCCCGUCGGCCCUGGACCGUUCCCGUAUGGGCCUCGCCUACCUGUCUACGUACGGGUGGGAUCCCGACGCCAGUAAGGGGCUCGGUUCAGAGCAGCAAGGUAUCAAGUUCCCCGUCAAAGCCAAAGUGAAAGACGACAAGCUUGGCAUCGGCAUCCAGGUGCCCAAGGGGCUGCCACCGCCCAAGAAGAAGGAGCAGCUGCUUGAUGCUAAGAAGGUCAGGAAGAUGGCCCUCGAGGAGAAGAAGAAGGCGUCCAAGAUCCGACAGGAGCUAUUUGGCGACGGGAAAUUGGAAAAAUACCUCGGGUCGGGUGCUACCGGAUGAUGAACCCAGCCCUUCAUGAAAAAAUAGAUACAUUCAGCCUCAAGGAAACUCAUCCACGCCACCCGCCCUCGUGUACUCCAUACACUCCUCCUUCCGCUCUCUCACCGCCCUCUCGCUAUCAACUUCAACCCUGUAAAACCCGUCUGUCCCAUCCCCCAAUGUCUCCUGCACAUCCGCCUCCAGGUCAGCAACGGUCUCGUACUCGCCCCCACCAACACUUCUCAAUAGUCACCGCCUCCGCCUGCUCGCUCAAGUUCCCCUAGGGCCCCGGACGAGGCCGAAGCCGCCCACGCCGAUGUGCGUGGUCUUGCGGA